CGGCACUUCCUGUAUAAAGGCGGGCGGGCCGGGCUGCGACUCCCGCGAGCCGGGGCUGGGCUCUGGGAGGCAGGCGGCAGCGGCCGAGCGGUGGCAGGGCUGUCACCUUCGCGAGCCCAGCUCCUGGCGCUUCCCCGGGCCGUCCCUUCCGUUUCUCCGGGCUCCCGGCGUUGACAUCUACGAAGCGGAGAGCUGUAUGUGCGCGCGCGCGGGAACGGAAGAAUGGCAGUGCUCAAACUCUGCGACCAGCCACCUCUGGUCCAGGCAAUCUUCAGUGGCGACCCAGAGGAGAUUCGCCUGCUCAUCCAUAAGACUGAAGACGUGAACGCACUGGAUUCUGAGAAACGAACCCCGCUUCAUGUGGCUGCGUUCCUGGGAGAUGCAGAGAUCAUCGAGCUCCUGAUUUUGUCAGGAGCUCGCGUAAACGCCAAGGACAACAUGUGGCUGACCCCACUGCACCGGGCUGUUGCUUCCAGAAGUGAAGAGGCAGUGCAAGUAUUGAUUAAACACUCGGCUGAUGUCAAUGCAAGGGACAAGAAUUGGCAGACCCCCCUCCAUGUGGCAGCAGCCAAUAAGGCUGUCAAGUGUGCAGAAGUGAUCAUUCCACUCCUGAGCAGUGUCAAUGUCUCUGACAGAGGGGGGCGCACAGCCUUGCACCAUGCGGCUCUGAACGGACACAUGGAGAUGGUCAAUUUACUCUUGGCCAAAGGGGCAAACAUCAAUGCAUUUGACAAGAAGGACCGGCGUGCUCUCCACUGGGCAGCAUACAUGGGCCACCUGGAUGUUGUGGCACUGCUCAUUAACCACGGCGCAGAAGUGACCUGCAAGGAUAAGAAGGGCUAUACCCCACUGCACGCUGCAGCCUCCAACGGGCAGAUCAACGUUGUCAAACAUCUCCUGAACCUGGGGGUGGAGAUUGAUGAAAUCAAUGUCUAUGGAAACACAGCACUUCACAUUGCCUGCUACAAUGGCCAGGAUGCUGUCGUUAAUGAGCUGAUCGACUACGGCGCUAACGUGAACCAGCCCAACAACAGUGGCUUCACCCCUCUGCACUUUGCAGCGGCGUCUACUCACGGUGCUCUGUGUCUGGAACUGUUAGUCAACAAUGGGGCCGAUGUGAACAUUCAGAGUAAGGAUGGCAAAAGUCCUCUGCACAUGACAGCUGUCCAUGGGCGGUUCACACGGUCACAAACCCUCAUUCAGAAUGGAGGUGAAAUCGACUGUGUGGAUAAGGAUGGCAACACACCUCUCCAUGUGGCUGCAAGAUAUGGUCACGAGCUCCUGAUUAACACCCUAAUAACUAGCGGAGCCGACACAGCCAAGUGUGGAAUCCAUAGCAUGUUCCCCCUCCAUUUAGCUGCCCUAAAUGCUCACUCUGACUGCUGCAGGAAGUUGUUAUCCUCUGGACAAAAGUAUAGCAUAGUGUCCUUGUUUAGUAAUGAGCACGUGCUGUCUGCAGGCUUUGAAAUAGACACCCCAGAUACGUUUGGAAGAACGUGCCUUCACGCCGCUGCUGCAGGAGGCAAUGUAGAAUGUAUAAAGCUCUUGCAGAGCAGCGGAGCGGAUUUUCACAAAAAGGACAAAUGUGGGAGGAUCCCUUUGCACUAUGCAGCUGCAAAUUGUCAUUUCCACUGUAUUAAAGCAUUAGUGACCACCGGAGCCAACAUCAAUGAAACAGACGACUGGGGACGGACAGCUCUGCACUACGCUGCUGCAUCAGACAUGGAUAGAAAUAAGAUGAUCUUAGGCAACGCCCAUGACAAUUCUGAAGAACUUGAAAGGGCCAGGGAAGUGAAGGGGAAGGACGCCGCGCUAUGUCUAGAGUUUCUGCUUCAGAACGACGCAAACCCAUCCAUCCGGGACAAGGAAGGCUACAACAGCAUCCAUUAUGCUGCGGCCUAUGGCCACAGGCAGUGUCUAGAACUGCUUUUGGAAAGAACCAACACUGGUUUUGAAGAAUCAGACGGCGGUGCUCUCAAGAGUCCACUCCACUUAGCGGCCUACAAUGGGCACCACCAAGCCUUGGAGGUCCUUCUCCAGUCCCUAGUGGACCUGGACAUCAGGGAUGAGAAAGGCCGGACGGCCCUGUACCUAGCUGCUUUCAAGGGACACACAGAAUGUGUGGAAGCACUUGUUAACCAGGGCGCAUCCAUCUUCGUGAAAGACAAUGUCACCAAAAGAACUCCACUUCAUGCCUCGGUUAUUAAUGGCCACACGCUGUGUUUGAGGCUCCUACUUGAAAUAGCGGACAACCCGGAAGUGGUUGAUGUGAAGGAUGCCAAGGGACAAACCCCACUGAUGCUUGCAGUAGCAUAUGGACACAUUGAUGCCGUUUCGUUGUUACUUGAAAAGGAAGCAAACGUAGAUGCUGUUGACAUAGUGGGCUGCACAGCUUUACAUAGAGGGAUCAUGACAGGACAUGAGGAAUGUGUGCAAAUGCUGCUGGAACAAGAAGCAUCCAUCCUCUGUAAAGACUCCAGAGGGAGGACACCUCUGCACUAUGCCGCUGCCCGGGGCCACGCCACGUGGCUGAAUGAGUUGGUCCAGAUUGCGCUUUCUGAAGAGGACUGUUGCCUCAAAGACAACCAGGGAUACACGCCGCUGCACUGGGCCUGUUACAAUGGUAAUGAAAAUUGCAUAGAGGUACUUUUGGAGCAAAAAUGUUUUCGAAAAUUUAUUGGUAAUCCCUUCACUCCACUGCACUGUGCAAUAAUAAACGGUCAUGAGAGCUGUGCAUCACUGCUCCUGGGGGCCAUAGAUUCCAGCAUUGUCAGCUGUAGGGAUGACAAAGGCAGGACAACCCUCCAUGCGGCAGCCUUCGGGGAUCAUGCAGAAUGCUUGCAGCUGCUUCUGAGACAUGACGCUCAAGUGAAUGCCGUAGAUAAUUCAGGGAAAACAGCGCUGAUGAUGGCUGCUGAGAACGGGCAGGCAGGUGCUGUGGAUAUUUUGGUGAACAGUGCCCAGGCUGACCUGACUGUGAAAGAUAAGGACCUGAACACGCCCUUGCACCUGGCUAUCAGUAAAGGCCAUGAGAAAUGUGCCUUGUUAAUACUUGACAAGAUACAAGACGAGAGCCUUAUCAACGCGAAAAACAGUGCACUGCAGACACCCCUCCAUAUUGCUGCACGCAAUGGCUUGAAGGUGGUAGUUGAGGAGCUGCUGGCUAAAGGAGCCUGUGUACUUGCCGUAGAUGAAAAUGGUCAUACCCCGGCCCUGGCUUGUGCUCCUAACAAAGACGUGGCUGACUGCCUGGCCCUCAUUCUGGCUACCAUGAUGACUUUUUCUCCUUCCAGUACAAUGACGGCUGUCAACUUCGUUUAUUUUAGAAAAGACAAUUUGAGCAGAAGGACCCUCUCCAAUAUGGGUAGUAGGGUUAGUCUGUGCAGUAACAAUAUGGACUCUGAGGGUGGGUACAAUGAAAAUGAUUCUGACUCGGAAACAUUCUAAGUUUGGGCUGUAGAGGUGUUCCCCCAAUACUCCUGUUUCAGGAGGGGACGGAAGCCUGAAUUCCAGGUUACAUUGUAUUCAGGCAUUUGAGACCAAGCUUCCAGAAGCCAGCAGAAAAGGAGUCAGUCUAACCAAAAGAGGGCAACUAAGAUACUUCUAUGAAAGUCUACCUCUCAUUUUAAGUAAGGACAAAAAAUUAAGUAUCCUUCAUCUUUGGGGAUAAUACAACAGAGAGACAAAUAUUCAGUCUAAAGAUUUCUUUUUCCCCCCACAUACUCACCAGUGAGUUGUGUGAGGUUGGUCAAGGUGACAUUCAUGUCCCUUGGGAGGGGUGGGAAGAGGAAAUGGGAGAUGCCUAGACCCUCUUCUCACUCUGAUGUUUACUUUCUCACUAGAAGUCAAAGGUCAAGGUUCAUCUUUAGACAUGCCUGUAAUCGCCCUCUUAAGGGAGUCUACCUGACCCCGCCUCCUCCGUAGGAAGUUUGUAAAUGCCUAGAACUUCUUCCUAGGGUCUUGGUUAAAGUUGCCAGAUGAAUGUGAACAUGGUUCAUGCUCUUUUGUUAACCACAAAUGAAAUAGCUCCCGGGGCUCCACAUAAGAAACAUGUGAGUCAUUUUUUCAGUGGAGUAAUGGAUCCCAAAUUUACCCAAUAGCAUUUCAGGUGAAAUUAUAUUGUGCCAAAACUUGAAACAAUAUGCAAGUCAAAUAGGAAAUUACUGUUCGUUGGAUUUGCUCUAAAAUGAAAAUUCAAACUUUGUAAGGGCAUCAGAAUGGCUGGUACUGUCCUUCAGUGGUUGGACAGCAAAUUAGCUGCUCAGCCAAGGUCAUGCCACACGAGUGACAGUGAAAAGGAACCGAGGAAAUGACAGCAGGAAGCAGAAAUGCUUGGUGUGGAAGUGCAAACCAAUUGCCAGUUGUUUGGUAAUGAAAUCAGCAUUGUGAAUACUGUGUCUGCUCCCUCUGCCAAAGCUUCUAGGUCGAAUGGACCCCGUUCUCCACCUGGAACAGCUGUACGAAAAGAAGAAUGAGACUUUAAGAAUUAUGCACAUACACAUGCACACAUGUGUGUAUAUUUAUGUAUGUACUUCAUCAACCAGCUAUCCAUGAGGACCAAAAUGCUUCUGCCUAAACUGGGAUGUUCUAAGUGUUUUUUUCUUUCUACAUGCAAGUGAGAACUGCAGUAACUUUUCUAUGGGGUUAAAAUGUAAUCGUUUUGCAUACCAGUCUUUAUUGUAUUUUAUAUUUCUAAUGACACGGAUUUCUAGUUGAUGGCUUGACAUUUGUAACCGAUGAUGUGUUGACCACAGGUUUUUGUUUUCAGACUAGAGAAUAUGUCUGUAUACUUUGAUGUAAAUGUGUUUCUAUUUAUUUGAAAUGAAAGAAAUGCCAAGAAAUAUCCACUGUUUAGAUUUGCCCUCACUCUCUGUCUCUGUCUCUCUGUGUCUCUGUCUGUCUG